AUGGAACAGCAACUUCAGGAGCAAGCAAAUAAGAUUCAGCGGUAUGAAACCAAAUUACGAGAUAUCAUUUCUGCAUAUCAGAAAUUACAAACAGAAAAUGCGUCCCUCGGAAAGCGGUUACAAUUGGCUGAGUUUGACGUAUCCACAUUACGUCAUGAAUUGGAGGAGAAAACUCACUCACUUGAUGCUCAGUGUGCUAUCAGUGCUGAUUUAAAUGAAAGGAUGGCAAAUCUGAUCCUUGAGAGGGAUAAUUAUCGGAAAGAGGAGGAGCAGAACUCGUCUUUAAAACAGCAAAUUAGCCAGGUUUUGAAGGAACUCGAAGUUGAGCAGAAUAAUUCUAAAACUCUAAAAGAUGCUCUUUCGGAGGCACAAGAACAGCACGAGGCCUCUACGCAGCACUUUGAGACUCGGAUAUCUGACAUUAUCUCUACUCUUAAGACCUACCAAGAGAUCCACCAAAACGACACUGAAACAAUUAAUCAACUUCGCUCUGACAGGGGAAUCAAGGAAAGCAAUGCAGGUUCUCGGUCCACAGCUAGCAAGGUAAUUUUGGCCGACCUCAUUUCAACCCUUGUUGACCCCAAGGAUAGCGACGCUGAGGCGCCUAAGGUCGAAGAUCUCUUCGACUUCAUGCGUCAACUUUGGCGAGCUGUUAUGAAGAUCGGUGCACUUCAGCAACCAGCUGUUGAAAAACAGCUUUUCCAGUACCUCGAUUUGAAAUGUCUUAUUCCAAUGGAAUCGCUUGAUGUCUGUGAGAAGGAAAAGAGCGAUCUGCAGCAAGAACUUGAGAUUUUGAAGCUGCGUCUUAAAUCACUGCAACUUGGUGCAGGGAAGCUUCCACCUCCUCCCUCUUCGGCAAGCUCUUCUCUGUAUUUCUUUAAUUCUCGACUUUGUAAACAUAACAAUGAGACCUCAGAGAGACGCAAUUUGGAGCUCCAACUUCAAGAGGCAAAGGAUCAAAUUAAAAUAUUGCGGAAGCAAAAUCUUACAACUCUUCUUGAACUUGAAUCGGUGAAGAAAUCGAUUGAUUUAAACCACAAUGAGUGCAGUUUAUCUGAUGUUACAGCGGUGGAGGAGGAGGCUGCAAACCGCCUGGCAGAGGCGACCGCGCGUCAGGCAGGCCAAUUGAUGCGGUUGGAGUCGGAGGCGCGUCGGUAUCGGGAGCAGACACUGAACCUUCUCGCAGAGAAGGAGGAGGAGAUCUCUGAACUGCGCACCGCCCUCUUCCUCGCUAGCCACGAAACCACUGCCACCUCUCUCUCUCGUCUCCCUACAAUCGCCGACCCAUUUUACGUCCCAUCGACGAGGGACUCGGAGAGGCAGGAGCCCGACUCCACUGAAAUCACUCUUCCUGCUUUAAAUGAGCAGUCGGCCUUGCGCUGCGGUCUGGUGCACUGCGCUGAACGUCAUGGACGACUGGUGGUAGAACUGAAGAAGCUUCGUAACAGCAAGCGGGAGCUAGAACAGCGUGUGGAGGCGUUAGAGGCACAAGUGCAGGAGGACCGAAAGGCUGCGCGUGAGGUCACCACGGCGAAGGAGAGCGACCUUUCUUCUUCCACCUCCUCUUCUCAUGUCUCGAUUCUAGAAGAUGUCAACCUGACUUAUGUAAAGAACAUAAUCUUCAAUUUCCUCUCCUCCUUCAAUACAUCCUCCUUCUCCUCCAGAAUGGCUGUGGUGAAGGCUCUCUCCAUGGCGCUCCAAUUCUCCGCCGAGGAGGAAAACGCUAUCAUCAGCGGCACCAUCGGCUAG